GCAUAUUUCAACAAGUAAACAAGUGACAACAUCAUUUGCCGCACCGUCCGUUGCAUUGCCCAGUUACCCAGUUGAGUAUCCCUCCAAACUAUCUGCCGACAAAGUCUCGGCCAGACCACUAGGAGCAAUAAACCCACCACAGCCCACCACAGCCCAUCGACAGACAGAUAGAUCUUUUGCCGUAAUUCAAGCUUCUGAUAUGGCCAUCUUUCCAUCCACUGAAUGUGGAUCGAAAUCUUGUAAGUUAAAUGACAUUGUUGCUGUCUUAUAAAUAAUUUAUCAUUUAUGUAUUGGAAGUAACGUAAUAUGUGUCAAUUAAUGUACUACUUUACACCAUAUGACAUGGUUAAUCUCUCUGAGCGUGAUUUAAACACCUGGAAGCUGGGAUAUUUAUUGGACAUAAAAUAAAAAUUUGAAAAAGAAAAAUAGCUGGACAUCAAGUAAACCAUGCUACAGGGAAAAAAUUUGUCAACUUACUUAUGCUCUAUUUUCUUUAACAUAAUGAAAUCGUUUUUGAUGUCUGCAGAUUUGACUUAUACAUUUACAAAUAUUGGCAGUGGCCCAUUGAUGUGGGAGAUUGCCUCCAUUUGCCCUCCUUAUGUUGUUGUAAGUACUUUAAAGAUCAAGAGUUAAAAAGCGGUAAAAUAAUAAUUCUAUAAUUUAAAAUUAUGUACCUGUACUGUCGAAAUGUUUGAUUAAUCGUUUUUCAUUUUUUUAACAAUAGCAUGCAAAUACUACCAAGGAUGUUUACAGAGUUCACUAUGAAGUAUUCAAGUUACAUCCAUUAACUGGUGUUCUUCAACCCGACGAAACUGAAAAGGUGUGUCCAUAAUUUUAUAGAAUAUUUAGAAAAUAAAAAUAUAUUUUUCAUUUAUGUUCUUCACGUGUGUUCACAAUGAGGUUUAUAUAUAGCUAAGUAGAUAUUUAUCCAUCGAUGGAAUAUUGAUAUUUAUUAUUGUAUAGAAGUGGGCUCUGACAAUGUCUGUGUUAAAAAUAUAUAUAUAUAUAUAUAUAUAUAUAUAUAAACAAAUUAUAGAUGAUUACCGGGUAUAUGGAUUUACUAAUACUGGUGCCAUUUCUCCUCCCCAAGAUCUCUAUUGAGUUUUGUCCCCAGUCCAAGGGUUCAUUCAACCAGACUUGGAGCAUUCAUGAUACAGCUGAGGACCAGGUGUCCUGCCACAAAUUCAACCUUUAUGCGAAAGUAGUUUUUCUUUUUUUAUUCCACUCUAACACUGUGUUAUCUUUUUUUUAAAAAUGUGAUUAAUGUGAAUUUAAUAUGAAUAGGGCUUAUGUAAAGAACUUCUCAUAUUCAAUAACUUCUUCUACAGUUAACUGUAUCAUAAAUACAUUUUUUUUUACUUCUGCUUCAUUGAAAUAACAGCAAGUUGAAACCAAUGUAAAUUAUUAUCUGUAUCAAUGUCAAAUAUUGAGGACUAUUCAAAAUUGCAAUGCACUUAUUCUCCAGUUAAAUUAAUAUUGAGCCCACUUAAUCAUUACCGUUUAAAAUAAAAGAAUGACUUAAAGUUAUACAGCUUAAAAUAUUUGUUUUUCCCCAUUUAGGCCAAGCCAAACCCACAUGAGCAGUUAAAUGCAGAUUCAGAUGCCAUACCCCAGGGACUUAGCAAAACAUUAGUUCCAUCCCCCUCACAUGUCAAGCCAUCCAAUCAAAACUCAACCUCAGCCAGCCUGACACCUUUCACCAAAAUCAGCAGACAGGAUGCCUACACAACCCAACAGUCCCCUGUUCCACGACAGGGUCCAUCAGCUUAUCUGAGUAAUCAGGAAAACAAAGCAAUGGGUGGAAGGGGUAUAUCAUUGGGCCAAAACAGCAACACAAAUGCUGCUGCACAGAGAGAUUCUCAACCUGGUAGAGAGUCAGGCAUACAAAGAACCACUGCAGAAUGGACAGAAGUACAGACACAUUCAGAGUUGAUCAAAGGGUCACAAUAUGCUAGCAAAGUUACCAGGUAUUCAAGUUCAGCUACAUCCACAGCAACGCCCCUGUCUCCAAAAGGAGGGGAAAAACAAUCAGCAAGGUAGGGGACAUUUGAUUUUUAAAAAAAGUGGUGAAGGUUUUAUUUCUACAUUUCAUAAAACUUGACGAUUUUUUAAACCUCAAACCCUUUGCAUAACCCCUCCUUUAUUCUUUUUUAGAGUAAAUUUAAUGAGCUUAACGUACACAAACACCACCACCAUUGUGUGUGAAAUAUUUUAAUGUGUACCAGUAUUUUGUUUCUUCAUUAGCCAGGAGACUAGCUUCACUAGCUCAAGUGUAAAGGAAAAAGGUUUGCAUAUCACAGACUCAAACAUCAAAUUUCCAACACUUCACAUUCAAGACAGUGCCAUAUUAAAAGUUUAUCUGCAAAAUCAAACAAAGGAAAUAGCUGAGGUAGGUCAUCAAACUCUUGUGGAAUAAUACAAGACAAGUUUUAUUUAAAUGUUUAAAAAUUAAAAGUCCCUGGUAUUUAUUGAAUGCAGUUCUUCAUGGGUUCCUCUGAGGAAGUCACCCUGUUGGAGUUCAUGUAUGAAACUAUUUGUAAUUAUUUGUCUUAAUUAAGUCAUGCUGUGACUGUAACAUCAAUUCCUAAGUUAUUUUUAAAUGAUAUUAUUCCUUUCAUUUUAGGUUGUGGUUGAGUAUGAACCUAACCCACCUUUCCUGAUCAAACAUCACUCUUUCAAAGUUGGGUAAGUAUUUUUAUGGGGGAUUUUUGUGUUACUGGCGAAAGUUGAAAUAAGAAAUGAAAAGAAACUGAUGACAUUAAUUUUUCACAAAUAUUAUUUAUUGAAAAACAGAAUUUAACUGAUUUCUUUUUUUUAAAAACUAAAUGAUUAUUCUUUUGUUUUUUAAAACAUUUUAAUUUUUUAAAUACAUUUUUAAUAUAUUUCUGUAUAUGUCCUUCCAAUUUUACAGUGUAGACAAAAUGGUGAUAUUCCCAGUGACUUUCAAGCCUAGACACAUUGGACACUUUAAAGACAAGGUGGUUUUCCGGGAAAUCCGCUCAGGGAAGACUCUCACAGCUUUGCUGGAUGCUCAGUGUGAAAAAAAAUCUUUGUAGGAGACACAGUAUGGGUUGGGAUAACCCCUGGUGUAAGCUGCCUUUAAUAUUGUCAGAGGUGUUACAUAUGUGUGUUUAUUUGUUGUUGCAUCUUGUCACAACUUAACUAUUUAUUGCCAGGAUUUAAAAACUUGUUUAAUUUUUUUGUAUAUUAAAAUUGCCAGAAUGUGCAACAUGAAAUCAUAUUAUUGGUACAUGAUUUACAAUUUACAAUGCAAAUGAGAUCUUAAAAUACAGUGUUCAUGUUCUUUCAUUUAAUGUGCCUUACCGUACUUUGGUUUGUUUCGAAAUGAAUUUAGGUCAUUAAUUAUGAUUAAUUGAGGAGAAAAAUAAAGCAGACAAUAAACUAAUUUCAUAUAGAGUUGAA